CUGGGAAAUAUGCAAACCCCUGGUGCACAUGAAAGCACAGGCCUGCAGUCCCAGCCACCUCCUGAGGAGCAGAAUUAUGGAGCUACUGCAGCACAUGGGAGACAAGGUCCAUCUGUGUCUGCGCCAAGGCACCCUCCAGCCAAGAGACAGUACCUGACAGCUGCUGUGCUGUGCUAUGCAAAUUUAAUCAAUUUCAUGGACUGGUUCCUUGUACCAGGGAUCCUGUUAAAUAUACAGAAAUACUUCCAGCUUAGUGAUGGGGAUACAGGUCUGCUUCAAACAGUGUUCAUCUUGUGUUACAUGCUGGCUGCCCCCAUCUUUGGAUAUCUCGGUGACCGGUACAAUAGGAAGAUCAUCCUUGGAGCUGGUAUUUUCUUCUGGUCUGGUGUAACAUUAGGCAGUUCAUUCAUCAAUGAACUGUAUUACUGGAUAUUCUUCCUUUCACGAGGACUAGUUGGCAUUGGCACGGCCAGUUUUUCCACAAUAGCACCUACCAUCAUUGCAGACCUGUUUGAAGAAGGAAAAAGGACCACAAUGCUGUCUGUCUUCUAUAUCUUCAUUCCAGUGGGAAGUGGUCUCGGUUAUGUCCUGGCAGCCAGCAUGGCACAUGUCACAGGAGACUGGCACUGGGCGUUCAGGGUAACUCCUUGCAUGGCAGGUCUAGCACUGGUUCUUCUGAUUCUACUGGUCCCUCACAGGAUACAGAGAAGGACAGCAGCACACAGAGCACUGAGCAUCUCCGGGACAAUACGAGUAGCAGCUGAGAAACCAGGCGUACGCAGAACUGCCAAGACUACUUGGUAUCAAGAUGUCAUAUCCCUUGCCAAAAAUUGGAGUUUUGUCUGGUCCUCGCUGGGUCUGACUGCCAUGGCCUUCGUUACUGGAGCCCUGGGAAUGUGGGUACCGGUGUUUCUUUACAGGGCUCAGGUGGUCCAGGGCCUUGUCCCACCGUGCCCUGAGGAAUCAUGCGAUUCCUCUAACAGCCUAAUAUUUGGAGGCAUCACCAUUGGGACAGGGAUCUUGGGUGUCGUUGCUGGGGCAGAAGCUGCAAGAAGAUUAAGGAAGAUAAACAAUAAAGCUGAUCCUCUCAUCUGUGCCACAAGCAUGUUCGUUUCCGCUGUCUGCCUCUACAUAGCUCUGAUGGUGGCCCAGACAAACAUCCUUUCCACUUUUAUUUUUAUUGCAUUGGGAGAACUGUUUUUAUCUGUAAACUGGGCUGUUGUGACAGACAUACUGUUGUAUGUUGUGACACCGCGACGGCAGUCCACAGCUAUUGCCCUGCAGAUUUUGGUGAGCCAUUUGCUGGGAGAUGCAGGCAGCCCAUACCUCGUUGGGGCUAUCUCCCAUGCUAUCCAGCACAAGAAUGCUCACUCAUUCCAGUGGAGUUUCUGGAGCAUGCAGUACAGCUUCAUCCUGUGCUCUUUUGUUGGUGUCUGUGGAGGAGCAUUUUUCCUCCUGACAUCUUUCUACAUCGAGGAAGAUCGUAAGGAAGCACAACAGCUUUGAGGUACCAGCAAUGAAUGCUGUCUUUCAAAUGAAAAUGAACUCUGGGGCAAGAUUUGUGAAGAGGAAAAGAACGUCCUCCCCUUUUUCUUUCCUUUUUAUUUAAUGAGAUACAGCUAGAGAAAAGGCCAAAAUAACAAUUCCUCCAUAUGGCAGAAAACCCUGCAGACUGACUUUUUGGGAUGCUUUUGACUGUGAGUCAAAAAAUUGCUACUGCAUUGGCAUAUGGCAGCCCUCCCCCAUCUGCAAAACGGGCCCCAGUAUUGUGAGGAGCUGGGGAGCUCCAGAAGGCAGCGCGUGGAGCUGUCACAGGCAGGGCUGCCAACCUCAACAAGACAGGAGCACUUAAGGCAGAACGUCUCGUGGAGGUUAGGAAGGGAGGCUUUAUGAAUUCUCAGCAGGAUAAGAUUUGCCUGUAGAA